AUGAAGAACUCCUUGCCGUUGGUGGUGGUUGUCAUUGUUCUGUUCCUGGUGACGGCAAGGGUGCAGGGUAUUCGGCUCGAUGCAGAGAGCCAUGAGGCAUUCAACAACCAGAUGGUUCAUAAACCUGGGGAGAUGGGAGUGAGGUCCACUGACAAUGAGCCAUCUGGUGGUAAAAUGGAGGAAAGCAUUUCUGAAGAAAAAGAUCGAGUUGGCCACGGUCUGCCAGAGAUUCAUGUCGAUUACUAUGGUCCAAGGGGUCAUAAGCCUACACACCACUGA